UAAAGGUUCCUCUCAUCCCAUUUUUUUUUCUUAUUCCUCACAAAACAAUCAACAAUCCAACAUGUCUCAGCUUUCGCCAAGGCUACUUUACUUUCUCUUUUGUCUUCUGAUAACAAAUUCUAUAUCUCAAGUUAUAGCAGCCAACACUACACAAAACUUCCACUACUUCUGUGAUCAUGAUAACGAUAGAGGAGACUACACGGCCAACAGCACCUACCACACCAACCUCAACACCCUUUUGUCCACUCUCAUUUCCAAUACAGAAAUCCAUUACGGUUUCUACAAUUUCUCAAAUGGCGAAAACACUGAUAAAGUGUACGCCAUUGGGCUGUGUAGAGGAGAUGUUCAGCCAGAGAACUGCCGCACAUGCCUCAACGGUUCCAGGACCAAUCUCACUGAACUUUGUCCAAACCGAAAGGAAGCAAUUGGUUGGUACGAGGAUGAGCAGUGUAUGUUGCGCUACUCAGACCGCAAUAUAUUCGGCCUUAUGGAAAUUGGACCUGCUUUUUAUGCUAACAACGACAGGAAUGCAUCGGAUUUGGAUGAGUUCAAUGAAGAUGUCAACACCUUGCUACGUAACCUAAGUCGAAUAGCUGCAUCAGGUGACUCUCGUGUUAAGUAUGCUGCAGAUGGUAUAUCAUCAGGUUCAAAGGUCAUAUAUGGUCUAGUUCAGUGCACACCGGACUUGGAAGAGUCAGAGUGUGCUGAUUGCUUGUCUCAGUCCAUUGAACGUAUCCCAAUAGAUUGUUGUAAAGACAAGAUAGGUGGCAGGGUUGUUAGACCAAGUUGUAAUAUGCGGUUCGAAACCUCCUUUAAGUUCUAUGGAGAUCCAGCAUUUGUACCACCAGCUCCUCCUCCUUCCACCACCGGAAAGAGCAACGCAACUAUCAUAAUAAUAGCAGUAGCAGUAGCAGUUGUUGUAAUUGUUUUCGCGGUGCUUAUUUUUAUCUACAUUCGUUUAACAGCGAGGAAGCCACGGAAAAGGUUUGAAACUCAACAAGAAGAACUAGAUGAUGAUGAUGAUGGUGAUGAUGGAAUUGAUGCUUCUGAGCCAUUGCAAAUCAGAUUUAACAUCAUACGAGAUGCUACAAAUGACUUUUCUGAUUCUAAUAAACUCGGACAGGGUGGAUUUGGAGCUGUUUACAGGGGUACGCUACCCAAUGGACAAGAGAUUGCCGUCAAAAGGUUGUCAGCUAAUUCUAGACAAGGAGAUGCAGAGUUCAAGAAUGAGGUGCUUUUAGUGGCCAAACUUCAGCACCGAAAUUUAGUUAGACUACUUGGUUUCUGUAUGGAAGGAAGAGAAAAGCUACUUGUCUAUGAAUUUGUUCCAAAUAAAAGCCUUGAUUACUUCAUAUUUGAUGAAACCAAGAGAGCACAAUUAGAUUGGGAUAGGCGCUUCAAAAUCAUUGCAGGUACUGCUCGAGGUAUUCUCUACCUCCAUCAAGAUUCUCGAUUGCGCAUUAUCCAUCGUGAUCUCAAAGCUGGUAACAUUCUCUUAGACGAAGAGAUGAACCCUAAGAUAGCAGAUUUUGGCUUGGCAAGGUUAUUUGUCGUGGACCAAACGCAUGAAGAGACACAGAGAGUUGUUGGGACAUAUGGAUAUAUGGCACCUGAGUAUGCAUUGCAUGGACAGUUUUCAGAGAAGUCAGAUGUUUUUAGUUUUGGUGUAUUGAUUCUUGAGAUUGUAAGUGGCCAGAAAAUCAGUAGCAUUCAACAUGGAGAGGAAACGGGAGAUCUACGCGAUAUUGCAUGGCGAAGUUGGAAGGAAGGAAGAGCAAGAAAUAUUGUAGAUCCUACGUUAAACAAUGGUUCAGAAAGUGAAAUAAUGAGAUGCGUCCAUAUUGGGUUACUGUGUGUACAAGACAAUGCAGCUGCGAGACCCACCAUGGCUUCCGUUGUAGCCAUGCUGAAUAGUCAUUCUUUCAGUCUGCAAGUACCUGUGGCACCUGCACUUUAUGGGAAUGCCAUGUCUGGAAUCUUUGCAGACAUGCAGAUAUGGGAGAUUAAUUCAGGGACGACAAGAUCAAGAGAAUCCACCAAUAGAUCAGACCAAGAUUCCAUCAAUGAGGCUUCAAUUACUGACCCAUAUCCUCGCUAGAUUUUCAUCACUCCCUUGGUUUAUAUAUUGAGAUUAAGAAGAAUCUCAAAAGCAACGUUACUGAUUACUACAUUUGUUUAAUACAUGUUCGUUGCUUGCUGCAUAAGCUGCUCUUUAAUGCUUUUUUAUUGUUGUUAAGUUUUG